UAAGUCAAAAUUGGUGCACCCGUUUGUGACGCCACCAAGACCAAUCCCCCACGGUUUGUUUAAGAUUGGUCAACUUUUUAUACCAUGCGAGGAACGCUGACCCCGCCAAUGUUCCUAUUUCAUCUCCAGUGACUGAAUCCUCCAAACUUGUAACAGCGAAGACUUGAAAUAGAAGCAAGAUUCGUAUUCCCUUACUAGUCGAACAGAAAAGCAGAAUCAUAUUCCAUUGACAGCGAAUUUCCCCGGCAUUUCUUCCUUCGUCUUGCCCACCAUGUCGAGCUUCUUCAUUGAGAACAAGAAUGUCGGCAACAAGACUGAGAGUGAAGAUUGGAGAAUUCGUGGUUACAACCCUCUAACACCACCCGAUCUGCUGCAACACGAGAUUUCCCAAACCGAGAACUCGAAGAAGACAGUUGUCCGAAGUCGUGAGGAGGUAGUCGCAGUGGUCAAUGGCAGCGACGAGAAGCAAAGACUCCUGGUCAUCAUCGGACCAUGCUCGAUCCACGACCCACAAGCCGCGCUCGAGUACUGCGACCUGCUGAUGCAGGAAAAGGAGAAGCACAAGGACGAGCUGUUGAUUGUAAUGCGAUCCUACCUCGAGAAGCCCCGAACGACGGUCGGAUGGAAGGGCCUGAUCAACGACCCGGACAUCGACAAUAGCUUCAAGAUAAACAAAGGCUUGCGCAUAUCGCGACAGCUCUUCGUCGACUUGACCGACAAGGGGAUGCCCAUUGCCAGCGAGAUGCUGGACACCAUCUCGCCGCAGUUCUUGGCUGAUGUGCUAUCGGCUGGUGCUGUCGGCGCAAGAACGACAGAGAGUCAACUGCACCGUGAAUUGGCCAGCGGUCUGUCCUUCCCGGUCGGGUUCAAGAAUGGCACAGACGGGACACUUGGAGUUGCUAUCGAUGCUAUUGGAGCCGUUAGACAUCCCCACCACUUCCUGUCUGUCACCAAGCCUGGUGUUGUCGCCAUCGUCGGGACGGUGGGCAACGAGGACUGCUUUGUCAUUCUGCGCGGCGGAACUCGGGGCACUAAUUACGACGCAAAGAGCAUCGGCGAGGCCAAGGAGGCCUUGGCUAAGUCGGGAUUGCGCCAGCGACUGAUGGUGGAUUGCAGCCAUGGCAACUCGUUGAAGAACCAUAAGAACCAGCCCAAGGUCGCCGCUACACUGGCGGAGCAGAUCUCGAAUGGCGAACAAGCUAUCAUGGGCGUGAUGAUCGAGAGCAACAUCAAUGAAGGCAGUCAGAAGGUUCCCAAGGAAGGAAAGGCCGGCCUGCAGUACGGCGUCAGCAUUACUGAUGCCUGCAUAGGAUGGUCAGACACAGAGUCUGUCCUCCGGACUCUUGCGGACGCUGUCAAGACGAGGAGAAACAUUUCAAAUGGCAGUUAAAAGUUAUGUGUCGUUUAAUAUUAUUUCAAUGGGUUCAAGGUAGCAAAAAAGUACGGUACAAUGGGCAUAUAACCUCAUAUUUCACUAAUAGAAUCAGAUUUCAUGACAGUACACGAUUCGUAAGCCCAUGGCCGCUCCC